GGGCUCGGGGCCGCCCCGGCGGCGGCGGCGUCGCCAUGGCGACAGCGGAGGCGCCGCCAUGGAGGUGACGGGCGGGCGGUGCUGCGGGGGCACCGUGCGCGGCAGGAUGGAGGGCCGGGGCUCCUACACGCUGCCCACCGGCACCGAGUACCGGGGCGAGCUGAAGGACGGGAUGUUUCACGGCGAGGGCGUGCUGCUCUUCCCCGGCGGCGGCAGAUACCAGGCGGUCUGGCACCGCGGGGUGCCCGCCGAGGGGAAGUACACUUUCGCAGAUGGGCUCGAGUACGAGGACGAGAAAUGGCAUUACUGCGACGGCUACGACAGGAGGUUUUACACAGAAAUCUGCUCCGGCCUCAAGCCCGCAGGCAUUUCUCAGCUUACAAAUCUAGAUCCUCCUAGAAAAAUCCCAGCAGGAUGUUACGACUGUGGUGAUGGAUUCUAUAACCCUGAAACCAGAAUUGUCAUUGACUACAAACUGAGGUUUCUGAGAAACGCAGAUGAUGAUGAGCAUGAGUGGAUCCUUCGGACCUGCCGGAAAGCUGAGGAUGAAAAAACUGGGCAUAAACCUAAACCAUGAAAAUGGGUUUUGCUAGACAAUAAUAAUCCAAAGCAGGUAAUCUGAUUCACAAUAAGUCUAAUUUGUCCUCGCAGAUUUAUAUCACCCCUUCCCUCUACAGGAAUGUAAUCUUUUCGUCAUCUUUGUCAGCAUAAACAAAAAUGGAAAUAAUCAUUUAAUCAGUCAUGCUGAGAAAAAGCCAUGGAAAAAGAGCAGACUGUACUCACAGUAAUAUUCCUGAGAGGUGUGUAGUGUAGUAUAUAUACACGUUAUUAAGCUUGAAAACAAUUUGUUAAAAAGAGUGCCUCAGAUUCAGUGUUGAAGUCAUUCAAAUCCAUCUUAAUCAACAUUAUUUUCCCAGAUUUUAGUUAGCUGUCCUGGUGAAUUCCUUUCCUCUCUUUUUGCUCAGUACUUUGAUAUUGAUUGAUCAUUGUAAUAAUGUACACCAGAGGUAUUCUUUAAUGACUGGUUUGCUAACUAGGAAAUUAUAUCCAUUUACUACGAACGUUUGUUGAACUCUCCUGAAGCCAGAGUUUAACAAAAUAAUAAAAGAGGAAAACUGGGUGGGUUGCUGCUUGAUUAGUAAGCCAGAAAGUAUUUAAAAAUAAAAUAAAAUGGAAUUACAUCAUUUUCUGGAUGUAAGUGCCAGCACUUCUACUUGCAUUAACUUUAUUUAUUACACAAAUAAGACAUUUACAAAGCACAACAUUAAAAGUAUGUAACAAAACAGACAUUGGUUUUACAAAAAAGUGCUUACAAUUUAGUUUUAAUUUUUAAAAUAAAUAUUAGUCUUGACUGUCCACUCAUUUAGAGAAUUUUUUAACCAUUGUAGCCAAGACAUGCAUAAUUGCAACAUGCUACAACAAAAUGAUUGGCUGAUGAAAUAAAACCGAUGUGUCUAUAGUUGGCAUCCUACAGAUAUAUCACUGAUAGUAGUGCAGGAUUGAUUCCCACUCCCCCAUCCCAACUAGUAAGUUGUGUAAGCACCUUUAGCUAGGGCAUUGGGGUUAACCAGCGUGAGCCAAAAGAAAAAAAAAAGGCAAUAAAAUUGUAAACCAUUCCACUUUCAGACCCUCACCAUAUUUAGUUACCUUAUUAAAUUCGAGUGAAAAGCCUUUCACUGCCUAUCUUCACUGGAUUUUGUCUGCAAAAGUUUUUGUAAAUAGCAACUGGAAAAAGUUUAAUACAUGGAGUCUGCAUUGCUGCACCAGGACUUAUUUGGCAAUUACUGAAUAAACGAAGAAAACAAGAA